GUCACUGAAAUAUUAUGCGUUUUGUUUGGAGGCACGGUUUCGAAACAUGUCUCUUUUUUGUUUUGUUUGUUUUAAUUACAAAAAGUGUCACUUUUGAAUAGGCAAUCAUUUGUAAUUAUUUAUACUGCAUAUGCUUUAAAGUCUUAGUAAUGUCUUUCAGCCCAUAGUGUGUUCUGUAUUUUAACAGACACCCCUUCCUAUCGUUUUAUCGACGACUCAGAGGGGGUUGCUUCCAGAUUUCCAGCAGAUGACAACAUUACAUUCAGCGUCUCUGAGCACAAUCGUAAAGGUCAAAAUGACGCUUUGACGUUUUCAGUGAAAGGCGCUGUUGCGCGCUGGGUGGUGCUGAAAUCUAGUGCAGCUUCACGCGUGAUUGGCAAACCUGACAGUGAUUGACGUGUGUCCAUGGCAACCAGGCAGCCAAUCUUACAAGCCCAAUAGAAUAUCGGCAGCAGGGGCUAAAUGUUCUUUUAUUUUGCUCCCCAGAAAACACAUUGCUUCCAGUUUUUUAUGCUCACACUCAAUCAAAAAAAUUUUUUUGGCGUUCAGGCUGCUUGAGCCUGCCGCACGGCAUCGCUCCUCAGCUCGUUUUGUGACACAGCUGUUAACUUUUGCCGUUUUCUGAACAAAAAGACGGACGAGACCGACGAGGAGCAGAACCAGACAGGAGGACCAAAAGAAGAGAGAGAUUACAGUCUCCAUGUUCCAGUUGCCCAUCUUGAAUUCGUCUGCCUGCGAAGUCCUCGGGAAGAACGAGUCUGUCCUGCGCGCGCGCGACGUGGAGAGGCUCGGCCGCUUCCUCUGGUCACUCCCGGUGGCGCCGUCUGCCUGCGAAGUCCUCGGGAAGAACGAGUCUGUCCUGCGCGCGCGCGCUGUCGUGGCCUUUCACGGGGGUAACUUCCGCGAGCUCUACCACAUACUAGAGAACCACAAAUUCACCAAGGACUCACACGCGAAGCUGCAGGCGCUCUGGCUCGAGGCGCACUACCAGGAGGCUGAGAAACUCCGUGGGCGUCCGUUAGGACCCGUGGACAAGUAUCGCGUCCGAAAGAAGUUUCCACUGCCUCGUACGAUAUGGGACGGCGAACAGAAAACGCACUGCUUCAAGGAGAGGACGCGGCAUCUGUUGAGAGAGUGGUACCUGCAGGACCCUUACCCGAACCCGAGCAAAAAAAGAGAGCUGGCACAGGCGACUGGACUCACGCCCACACAAGUGGGCAACUGGUUUAAAAACCGAAGGCAGAGAGACCGGGCUGCAGCAGCCAAGAACAGGCUACAGCAGCAGGUUCUGUCCGGUGGCUCGGACCGAUCACUGGGGGACGAUGACACCACAGUAGACCGUCUGGGUCCCGCCUCAAGCCCAGAAGUCAGUCUCACGAGUAAGACCGCCACCUCCGCCAUCUCCAUCACCUCCAGCGACAGUGAAUGUGACAUCUAACGUGACAGGCUUUAAAAGAGCAAACAGGAGAUCAGUAAGAGACAAUCUAACAAAAACAACAAAAACUUGAGUGCCUGCAACUGGCCCAGAGAGAGGCUAAAAUGAAGGAUGGAAAAUCCGUCACACAACUUCAUUUUCCAUUCGUUGAUGUGAUCAACAAAAAUGCGCAGUACUUCUCACGAAGACAGGUGGGAGUUUUUGAAAAAAAUCUUUAAUGUCUUUGAGGGCCGAACCUGUUAUUGUAUGUGUGCGUGCUUUAUCAUGAAAAGACUGAAUAAUGCUUUAAUGUUCACUUGUCUUUUUAAUAUAUAAACAAUGUUUAUUUAAUUAUUUAAAUAUCAUUGGCCUCUAGGCCUUUUAUUUGUGUGCUUUUUUAUUAUUUUCGUUGUGCAUAUUUCUGCACGUCGUGAAAUUUCUGGAAAAAAGAUAACCAUGUUUUAAAAAAAUAAAAUCACUGUUGAACUGUUGAAGUAACGAUAGCAAAAUCACAACGGUAUUUUCUUUUAUUUAUUCCAGGGUGUGAAAUUGCGCCGUGCAAUAUGUUUUAUUUCAUGUUUAUUUUUAUUGUAACCCAUGUGUCUACCCGAAAGUAAACAUGCUGAAGAACAGAUUUAGAACAGACGGGGAUCAAAUAUGUUGCAUGUUUUAAUGCCUCUCUGCGAGCUCAAUCUCUCUCACACUCGAGCAGUAAUUGGCAAAAAUACUUCGCGUGGUGUAAUGCGCUCUGACAGCACAGGUUCAGCGAAAGGCCGAGACGCUCUCCCGGAUGUCAACACAACCCAAGCUGUGAUCUGCUGUUUAAAUAAAACGUAGCCUACUAGUGGCCCAAGCAAGCUGCAGAAAAUUAGUUUAUCAAAGGUGGUUGGCAAUGCUGCUGAUUGAAAAAAAAAAAAAAAAAAUGAUUUUCUGUCAAUUCGCAGGAUUGUUUAUUAAACUAAUAUGUAAUUCACAAGAUAUUCACACGUGGCUAAUCUAGUGGGUUAAUGCCUUGUAUCUUUAAGACUUACAUUAUUCGACUAUUAGGCUAUAGUCACAACAAAGCAGUUUUUCCCUUAAACAUAUCGUUUUUGUAAUUUCUCAUUUUCAAAACCAGAGAUUUGUUCACCUUUUCAAGAGCCAGAGAACGAU